GGCACAGAAGUGAAUUGUGUUUGCUGCCGGAAUCGUUGCCUGGCCUUUCAUUUUUCUUGCUUCGCAAUUGCGUAUAGUGCUGCUGUCCGCCGUUUGCGUUUCCGCAAAUUUUGGUGACGUUCGUACUAAAUUCACACGGCCAGCCACCGUACCUCGCGCGGUGGAAGCGAUGCUGCGGCGUGCGUAUUUGCGCUAAAGCAGUUCCGCGAUUCACACCUGCAGUUGUGAAAAGUACGAAUCCGGUGGAUCGGAUUUUGUCUUCUCGGUGUGGUUUUGCCCCUCGGUGAUUUUGUGAAGAUAAGCCAAAUUGCUGCCGUGUGUGAGUGUUUCUUAUCGCAAAACCAAACUGGGAGUAACGACGAUAUCUGUCGACAAGGAAGAAAAGAAAAGUAGGGUGCCAGGCUGAAACCGAUUCAAAAGUGUCACUAAAAAGGUGUGUGUCCGUGUCCCUGCGGUGCGUUUUGCGCGUGUGGGCCAAAGUUGCCCGGUGAAGAUAAAAGUGGCAAUUCUGCGUGUGCUUGUGCGUAUGUCGCGUGUACAUCUGUUCCGUAAUAAAUAGAACCAUCGGCUUAGAAAAGAAAAUAUCACAGCAGCUUCAGAAUGCCCACGUUUUACCGAACCGAGAUCAACAAAACGGAAUGGGAAGUUCCGGAAAAGUAUCAGGUGCUGACCCCGGUCGGUAGCGGUGCUUACGGUCAGGUGUGCUCGGCAAUGGACACGGAACACAAUGUAAAGGUGGCAAUCAAGAAGCUGGCCCGACCGUUCCAGUCGGCCAUACAUGCCAAACGCACCUACCGGGAGCUGCGCAUGCUGAAGCACAUGAACCACGAAAACAUAAUUGGCCUGCUGGACGUGUUCCAUCCCGGGGACAACACGCUCGAAUCGUUCCAGCAGGUCUACCUGGUCACGCACCUGAUGGGCGCCGACCUGAACAACAUCAUCCGCACCCAGCGCCUCUCGGACGAGCACGUCCAGUUCCUCGUGUAUCAGAUCCUGCGCGGUCUCAAGUACAUCCACAGUGCCGGCAUCAUCCACCGGGAUUUGAAACCGUCCAACAUUGCCGUGAAUGAGGAUUGCGAGCUGAAAAUAUUGGACUUCGGAUUGGCCCGACCGACCGAGAACGAAAUGACCGGUUACGUUGCGACGCGCUGGUACCGAGCGCCUGAAAUUAUGCUCAACUGGAUGCACUACAAUCAAACGGUGGACAUCUGGUCGGUCGGGUGCAUCAUGGCGGAGCUGCUAACCGGCCGGACACUCUUCCCCGGCACGGACCACAUUCACCAGCUAAACCUUAUCAUGGAGAUACUCGGCACACCGAACGAUGAGUUUAUGGCGAAAAUCUCCUCCGAAAGUGCUCGUCACUACAUCAAAUCACUACCGAGGACAGAAAAGCGCAAUUUCAGUGACGUUUUCCGUGGUGCUAAUCCGCUUGCCAUCGAUUUGCUGGAGAAAAUGCUGGAACUGGAUGCAGACAAACGGAUAACGGCGGAACAGGCGUUGGCCCAUCCCUAUUUGGAGAAGUAUGCAGAUCCGUCCGAUGAACCGACCUCGUCACUGUAUGAUCAAAGCUUCGAAGACAUGGACCUGCCGGUCGAACGGUGGAAGGAACUGGUCUUUAAGGAAGUGCUCAACUUUGUCCCGCAGCAGCACGCACACAUUGGCGGUGAACCACAGGCGUAAGAUGUACCCAUCUGGGAAUCGGAAAUACCAACAAAGGAAGGAAGGAGGACGGACUGUUGCCAUUUUCAUCAU